AUGAAUGCAUUCUUCGAAAUUGAGGGCAAAAAAGAGGUGACAAAGUGGCGAGGAACGGUGAGCGGCAUCGUGGAAGCUCCGGCGGAGAAAGUAUGGGGGUUGGUCUCCAAAACGAAGCGUUUACCGGAGUGGGUAACAAUGGUGGAAAGAUGCACGGACUUGGAAGGAAAAGAAGGGAUUCCGGGGUACACUAGGCUUAUAUCAGGCUUCAUGUUUCCACAGGAAGAUGGAGAAAGGUCAUGGAUCAAGGAGAGGCUGGUGUCCAUGGAUAUGGAUUCCUCAUUGCGUAGCUACGUUUAUAGAAUGGACGCUAGCAAUAUUGUUGGGCUAGACGGCUCGGUGAAUACGUUGAAAGUGGUGGAUUAUGGGCAAGACUCAACGCUCGUUGACUGGUCGUUUGAGGUUAACCCAUUAGAAGGGUUAUGUGAGGACAGUAUUGUUGAUUAUCUGGGAUUUUUGUACAAGUCUUGUAUUAAUAGGAUUCAGGGCGCAAUCGAAGCUGCAGCAUCCAACAAAGUUUAACUACAAUAUCUACUUCAUGUAUUUAUUAAUGUUUUUGGUGAUGCUGUAAAUAUGCAUAUAUUAUUUUUAUAUUUGGUUUGGUAAGCGCAGCUGAGAACAAAAAAAGCCAACGGCAGUUGUGAACUCCGGCCAGCCAACUCAAUGCCUUAACACCACAUUCUCUCACCAUAGGAGCUCCCAUCUACCAUUAACGCCAUUUCUCUCUCUCGGUCCCCAAUUUUUUUUUUUUUUGGCAAAUUGGUCCCUAAUCUAUUUGUUUUGGUGCAAGCACAUCCAUGCAUGAAAGUAAAUUCUGUUUACUCUACCGUCUUAUAAUAAAGAUUCCAAACGUAAACCCUAUGAAAUGUUUGAGUUUAAACAUUAAUAUACAUGUUUCGAAUACUUAUGUAUCUAAUUUUUUAGUUUUGUUAACCAU